UCUUAGAGAAUUUACUUCCGAUUUCCGCAUGAUGUGUCAAUAAAACAAAUAACUUCAUUCAGGGGAUGUGAAUGGGAUAUUGCUUGGAUAUCAUUCCCUACAGUGCGGUUCAAAUCUAAUCUGACAAAAUGGAUUACUCUGGAAAAGAAAAGGAGGCUUUGGCCAUUAUGGCUGAGGCAGACAAGAAAAUGAAAACGUCGCAUUCGAUGUUCGGAACGUUUUUCGGGAGUUCCUCCAAGGUCGAGGAGGCCUGUGAAAUGUACGUGAGAGCUGCCAACAUGUUCAAGAUGGCAAAGAACUGGAGUGCCGCAGGAGAUGCCUUCUGCAAAGCUGCACAGCUGCAUUUGCGGGUGCAAAACAAGCACGACGCAGCCGUAAACUUUCUUGAUGCUGGCAAUGCAUUCAAAAAGUCUGAUCCUCAAGAGGCAGUAAGCUGUUUCUGUCAGGCCCUUGACAUCUACACAGAUAUGGGUCGUUUCAACAUAGCAGCAAAACACCACAUAUCUAUUGCAGAAAUCUAUGAAUCUGAGUUAUUGGACAUUGAGAAAGCCAUUUCUCAUUAUGAACAGGCAGCAGAUUAUUUCAAAGGGGAGUCAUCCACCAGUUCAGCCAACAAGUGUCUUCUCAAAGUGGCGAACUAUGCGGCUCAGAUGGAGCAGUAUCAGAAAGCCAUUGAAAUAUAUGAGCAGAUUGGGACUUACGCCAUGGACACUACCCUGUUGAAGUAUGGUGCUAAAGACUAUUUCUUCAAAGCAGCGCUGUGUCACUUCUGUGUGGACAUGCUCAACUGCAAGCUGGCUGUACAGAAGUAUGAAGAGCUGUUCCCAGCCUUCUCAGAUGCUAGAGAGUGCAGACUUCUUAAGAAACUUCUUGAUGCAUAUGAAGAGCAGAACAUUGAUGCAUACGCUGAUGCAGUAAGGGAAUUUGACUCCAUCGCCAGGCUUGAUCAGUGGCAGACCACUAUGAUACUUAGAAUCAAGAAGACCUUUCAGGACGAGAACGACGACCUUCGCUAAUGUGAAGUCAUGAUUCCAAGCACACCACCCAUUCUCCUGUCCUUCCUCUCUCUUAACUAUUAUUCCAUUCUCACAAUGUAUUUGUGUAAAUUAAGGUCACGUGCACUUUGUCUUGAGCCUUUUUCUCCCAAAUCCUACAGUCUUCAAGGAAAUAUAGCUUUUAUCUCCAAGAACACUGUGAAGUCUUCUAGAAUGACACUAGGUAGGAUUUAUGUUACAAGCUUUGACAGCAACUUUCUUUAGUUUUAAAUGUAAUGGAUUAUAAAUGUGAUUAUUGUAUGCGUUACCAUUUUCGUCCAUGCUUGUGCAGCUUCAGUAGUUGUUUUAUUUAUCAUUCUUUUAUUAUUGGUUGUAAAUUAACUUUUGAUUGUCAUUUAUUCUAGAUCCAGCCGCAAGGCUCUUUAUGUGUCAACAUUAAUUAGUAGAACUUAUUAUCAGAAUCAGAAAGAGCUUUAUUGCCAGAUAUGUUUACACAUGAGGAAUUUGUUUUGGUGACAGAAGCUUAGUGAUAAUUAUUAUUAUCAGUGAUUAUAAUUAUUAUAAUGAAGUAUUUAUAAUUUGUGCAAAAUACUGUAACUAUGAUAAGCUAGAAUCGGCUGAAACGACACUAAUUGCCAUUUUCUUGUUUUCCUCUAUGUAGGACAUGAUCAAGAACAAAUUUUCUUCAGUUGGGAUAGUUCACCCAAAAAUGAAAAUUCUGUCAUCAUUUACUCACCCUCAAGUUGUUCCAAACCUGUACGAGUUUCUUUCUUCUGCUGAACACAAAAGAAGAUAUUUUGAAGAAUGUCGAUAACUAAACAGUUGAUGGACCCUUUUGACUUCCAAAGUAUUUUAUUUUCCAUACUCAUAAUAUGGAAGUCAAUGGGGUCCAUCAUCUGUUUGGUUAUCGACAUUCUUCAAAAUAUCUUCUUUUGUGUUCAGCAGAAGAAAGAAACUCGUACAUCAUUUUUGGGUGAAGUUUCCCUUUAAAAACUGAUUAAGAAUUAUCAUAAAUUAAACAUAGAAGAGUGAAUCUGUAUGAUGGUAAUUGCAGUAUUUUGAAGGACUGGAGGAUGUGAGGUUGUAUUAGUCCUCUGUCUGAAUGUGCAAUGGUUAACUGUGCAAUUUCUUUAUGACGUAUAGUGAAUGAAAUGGUUUUUACCAACCGUUCGGACACAUUCCUCAAUACUUGAGUCCCUUUUUCAAAACUCUUCACACAGCGAGCAUAACAUCAGUCUAUGUGGACUAAACUGUGGAUCAUUCUUUUCUCACUUAGACAAACACUGCCAAAACUCUGAAGCAUGUUUACAUACUCUUUUCAAAACUGUUAAACCUAAGCUCAAAACCUAACAUAACACAAAAAUAAAUAAGACAGCAAUUUUCUACAUUUCUACAGAAAUACCAUAUUGAAAUAUAUUCUGAAUCUAAAAAAUAAAAUGCUAUCAAAACGAUUAGAUGUAGCUGAAUACCUACAGUACUUUGGUGUUUUUUGCUCUAAAAAACACAAGAAGCAUGUCCGAGAUGUGCAUUUUAAAAGUUGAACAUACAUAAACUCGAUAACCGUGUUUUAGAUCGGCGUAUCAUGCACAAGAUGCUACAAGAGACCAGAGAGUAACAGUUAAAGACUUCCAUCUAGCGUGUUUACAUAGAAGAAGAAUGGAAAAGUAGCGCAGUGGAAUGGAAAAUCAUUUGGACCAUGUAACAAACACUGCAGUGAAUUGAAACAGAGAUGUCAUUCUUGUUUUGUAAAGAAAUUUUUACAAAAGAAAAUGUGUAAUGCUACCUGUUGCUAGUGAUUUUUAGGUUGUCGUUUCAUGGGUGACAAAGUGUGUUUGUUUACUUUUUGUGUUAUGGAAGAAGGACUUGAUCUGAGACAUGUAUGGAGUGUUUUGUGUAGUUUUAGUGUAUUUCGAACGUCAAAUUAACUGCUGUGCCAAGAUGAAUGUUGUUUUGGACAACUGUGUGAAGGGUUUUUGAAAAAGUGUCAUAAGUAUUGAGAAAUGUGUCCUAGCGAUUGUUUAAAAAAAAAAAAAACCUUACCUGAGGAACCAGCUUGCCAAAAAGUUGUCCUAGUUUUUCUUAAGCUAAUAUCAUGCUGAGUUUAAUUUAUUGAUGUUAGGGUACUCAAAAAACACUCAAGUUAUUUAGCCUGUUUAAGAUUACACAUUUCAAUUAAUAGUAAAAUUCCAUCAAAUUGACUUGAAUAAUCCUUACACAUUGUUCAUAUUAUGAAUUAAGAAUUUUAAAUGAGUAAAAGCUUAAUAAAACAUUUUGUGGAACAAGGGAAUGGAUUGUUUAGUUUAUGUAAUUCAUAUUCAAUUUUAAAAAAAUGAAAAUAUGUUUAAAUUUAGGAAUAUAUAUCAAAAACCAUUUGUAAUAUGAAUAUGUAAGGAUUAUUCAAUUCACUUUGAUGGAAUUUUACUGUUAACUGAAAUUUGUAAAUCUUUAAAAAAAAGCUUACUUUUUUUUGAGUGCAGGAUUGUAUUGUUUACCUAAAAUGCACUAGAAAUUAUAGGCAUCUUAUUUAUUAAGUUGAUAAUUUGUGCAGUUAAAUGUUUUUCGUGUUGACAGUUUCAUCUACAUACACAUUGAUGCUUACGACUAAUUAUGUACCAAUACAGGACCUUGAGCAUGGAAAAAAAGCAUGGCAGAAUAAGCUUAAUGUAACAAAAAAAUGAAGUGUAACACAGUACAAGGUGUUAAAACAGUCGAAGCAUGCAUGUAUUCACCAAAGCUGUUAAACUGAUUUAAAAAGCGAAUAAACGAUAUGAUUCCCCAUA